AUGGCGUCGAAUGUGAUGAGACCGACGUUUGCUUACUCGGUUGUGUACGUGAAGGACGUUGCUAAAUCCGUAGAAUUCUACUCUAGAGCCUUUGGUCACAACGUCCGUCGUCUUGACGAUUCACACAGGUGGGGGGAGCUAGAGAGCGGGCAAACGACGAUAGCAUUCACACCGCUUCACCAGCAUGAAACAGACGACCUAACCGGGAAGGUUCAAUCUACGCAGUCAGCCCGUGAGAGAGCACCCAUCGAACUAUGCUUCUGUUACCCCGAUGUUGAUGCCGCUUUCAAGAGGGCAGUGGAGAACGGUGCGGUGGCAGUGAGCCAGCCAGAGGACAAGGAAUGGGGGCAGAAGGUUGGAUACGUGCGAGACAUCGACGGGAACGUUGUACGCAUGGGAAGUCACGUUAAGUGA